CACUUGUAUGGGGCAUUUAUCAGCCAUAUCAGCCCGAUUUUCAGUACAGUCAGUUUUCUUUAUAUUGGUGCUAAUCCAAUAUCGGACCGAUGUAUCAACACAUGUCUAAAGCAAGUGAUGCUUCAAGAUGCCUUUAGCUCAUGAUACUGUUUUGAAAUUGUCUUGUAACCUGUUUUGCUUUUCAUUUUUUUUACACUUGCAGAUGGAGAAGCCAUAGGGAAACGGUAUCAUGGCAACAGAUUAUGAUAAUGGACUAGGACUACUUGAUAACCUUUAUGAUGAUUCCCCUUUUAGGGACGAAGAUGAGAGUUCCGUGGAUAUUUAUGAUGGGUUGGACAAUACUUCAGCUGUUCCUGAUAAUCCUAUUCAACUGUCUUCACCAAACAAAAACUGUUUAAACUUGUUUGAUGAGAUCCUGAUUGAAGAAGGAACUGCGAAGGAAGCAUCUUAUAAUGAUUUGCAGGCAGAGUAUGGAAAAUGUCAAGAGCAGAUUAAAGAGUUGAUGAAGAAGUUUAAGGAAAUACAGACACAGAACAGCGUUCUACAAAAUGAAAAUCAGGCCCUUAAAAAGAAUAUUUCAGCACUUAUCAAAACAGCCAGAGUGGAAAUUAAUCGCAAGGAUGAGGAAAUCAGUAAUCUUCACCAAAGGCUUUCAGAAUUUCCAAAUCAUCGAAGUAACUACACGAGAACAUACCUUCCAGGAUCUACUAAUGGAAGGUGCUCAGACACGUAUAAAUCAAAAGAUUCUAAUUUCAGAGCUGCUUCAGUUGAUAAUACAAGGUCAGAUCAUAAACUGAAAAAUGACUCUUCUAAAGAUGCACAUCACAAUUGUUCACCUCACAAUUCAGAGAAUGAAAAACUAUAUUCAGAAAAAAGAACUACACCAUAUUUACUCAGAUAUCCUUCAGAUGAACAUUGCAGUGAUGGUGCCCGUACACAUCCCCCAAACUCUGAACACUGUUCUGACAAGGAUAGUACAUGGGGAAGAAAGGAAGUGAAAAAUGGUGAACAGUAUAGCAGGGGAAAUGACAACAGAUACAAAAGAGAUGCAUACCAGAACACUAGUAAUGGUACAGAUAGUGAACAAGGGAAUGCAGAGUCUCAUUGGAAGUUGCAAAUGCUUUCAGAAAAAUCAGAUAAAAAUGAGCUGCAGCAAGAAAGUAAGAGCACAAAGCUCAAAUCUAGUCCAGCCACAGAAAACCGAACAGAUAGGUAUACUACUUCUUGGGAGAAACAAGCCACCCCUAAAGAGAGAUCUCAAACAAGAGUUGAAUCUCAUGGUGAUAUAAGAAGUGAAAGGUCACAAAAUAUGACUAGAAAGGACCUUAAAACGUAUGAUAAAGAUGAAAAAAUCUUUGGACAGAAAAGUAAGUCAGCUGAAAAGCAAAAAGAACCACCAAGGAAGUUUGCUCGAGGCAAUAGUCCACACUCAAGGAGUGAAACUUCAAGGAGUUCGCACAAAUCAAGUAAAUGCCACACGGAAGACUGUAAAAGAGGAAGGGAGACAGAUUGCAAGAGAGAGAGGGGAGCAAGUGAUCAUAAUUCUCGAGAAGGAAGAUCCCCACUUUCUACUUCCAGCAGCAGGGAACACAAAUACUCACACUCCAAGGAAAGUAGCCGGAGACAUGAAUGGGAAACGCAUUCAAAAUCUGAGAGACAUCGUACUGAAGAGAGAAGAAAAAGGGAGAAAGAAAGUCAGGAAGAAGGCAGACAUUCUAGAAGUGAAAGAAAAGUAACAAAAGAGGUUUCACAUGAGCCGUUAAAAGAAUACAAGAAAGCUACAGAUGCUACAAGAAAUGAGAGAAACAAAUUGCCUAGACCAGAAGAAAUGUCCAAAGUUGCAGAUGGCUUAAAAGAGCAAAUAGAUGCAAGUAAAGAGAAUCAAACUGAGAGAAAAAACAAAGACCUAAAGCUGAGUUUUAUGGAAAAGCUCAACUUAACUCUUUCUCCUGCUAAAAAACAGUGUCUCUGUCAAACAGACACACUUGAAACAGAUUCCAAAAAGGUCAGCGAUGAAUGUAGUACAGAGACACCAGUACAAGCAGAAAAUCCUCUAUUUGUCCAGUCUAGUAGUGUUGAUUCAACAGAGCAGACCAAGUCAUCAUUACAGGCUCCAGACAAUACAGUUCUAACAAAUUUGGAACCAGUGGCACCUGUUUCUGAGUUCAGAGAGAAGAUUGAAAUUGAGACUUUAACAGAAACCCUGGAAGUGGCAGAAUCUGAGGCUUUGGCAGAAACUGUGGAGGGGACUGAGUCUGAAUUACCUGUUGGUGAUACAGUGACCUUGCCUGAGUCUGGAAUAAAGAUGGAGGAGACGGAUAAAAUGUGCACAGCUCCUGAUUUAGAGAUCUGUGUAGAUCAAAAUCAACCUGAGAACAUUCCUUUGGAUGAGUUGGAGACCAUAACCUCUGAUAAUAUGGAGUCUCUCAGUGUUGCAGAGAAUAGAGAAAUGAAAUCAGACUCAUUAAUGGAGGUCAUGAAUGUGAGUGAACAUUUGUCUGGUGAAAGUUUUGCGUGUCCUGCUGAGGAAGACAGCAUCUCAAAAUCUGUACAGUACAAGAAUGAUAUAAAUAAAUCUGAGCCAUUUGAUGGUGAUGUUCCAGUAAUUGACCAAAAUACUUGUAACCUGGACCCAAAUUUAUCUGAAACAGAUAUAGGUGUAGUUGCAUCUUCUGUUGGUGAGGAGAUGGAUCCUAAAAUUCAAGAAAGAGAAAUCAAUCCAGUUUCUGCUGAAGAUGAGAGUUCAAUACUGAGCAUUGAUCUCAAUCACCUGAGGUAUAUUCCAAAGGCAAUCAGCCCACUGAGCAGUCCUAUGCGACCCUUGGCUAAAGCACUUAAGAUGGAAAGUCCUUGCAAAGGACUUGUGAAAAGCUGUAAUAAAGAUUUAAUUGUUGAAAAUGCAGUUGUCUGUCCCUCAAAGAACCUGUCAAAUGAGGUGAACAAAGAAAAUCAAAAGCCAGUUUCUACACCUGAUGAACACUUGGAGAUGGAGUCCCAGCUGAGCACAUCCUCCGAUGAGCUAGAAGAAGGGGAAAUUGUAAGUGAGGAUGAAAAACCUACACCAGCUAGAAACUGCGAAAAUAGUAAGAAAUCAAGAGCAAGAGCUUCUCCUGAAACACAUAAUUUGACCAGCAGUCCGUGUAACCAAAUGAAUAAAACUGCAUGUUGUAAUGACGAUAAUGGAAAAUUAGUUUCUGAAAAAGACAGCUUUAAAAAAAGUAGGGAAAAAUAUAAAAUCAGGACCAAAUCCUCAAAGGAAAUGAAAAAAAAUAAAACCGUGAGCAUUACGUGCCUUGAGAAAAUAGUUCAAGUUAUUGUUGAACCCUCUACAGUACAAGAAAUUAUGCAGAUGUUGCGGGCUAUACGAAAACAGAUAAGGAAAAAUUAUAUGAAGUUCAAGGUACAUUUCCCAGUUCAGCACUUUCACAGAAUUAUAGAAUCAGCCAUUUUGAAUUUUACAUCACUGAUAAAGUACCUGAACUUUUCCAAGAUGUCAAAAUUAGGCGAUACUUUAAAACUGAAUCUGUGUGACACUAUAGAAUCCAAACUUAAGCAAGUUAAAAAGAAUGCAACAGUAGAUCGCCUCUUUGAACAAAACCUGUCAGAUAUGAAAAAACAGUUAUGGAAAUUUGUGGAUGAACAACUUGAUUACUUAUUUGAAAAGAUAAGGAGGAUUAUAGUAAAGCUUUGUGAUGCAGUAAGUGUAGGAAGUGAGAGUGAUGAAGGAAAGCUUGAAAUAGUAACUAAACAAAAACAUAAAAUAUGUUAUAAAGUGGAUUUACAGAAGUCCAAGAAAAAGGUCCUAAAAGCCAGAUCUCAGAAGCCUGAAGGCUAUGUCCUUUCUAAACGAAGUUAUCAAUCAUCUAAGUCUCAUGAUGACAAAAAUAAAGUAGAUGCACCAAAAAGUGCAGUUACAAAAUAUUUUAAUGCCAUUGAUAAUACAAGGAUCUCCCAAACCAAAGUGCAGCCUCCGAAGGAAAAUGGCUUGCAAGGUACUCUAACUCCAUUCAAAGGCACGAUAUUUGAAAAGGAAGGCUUACAGAUAGCCAGAGAUGCUAACAAGUCUGAUUUUAGUUUUGAGCUUCUCACAGAACAACAGACAUCUAGCCUUACAUUUAAUCUGGUGAGUGAUGCUCAAAUGGGUGAGAUAUUCAAAAGUCUGUUGCAAGGCUCUGAUCUUUUGGAAAAAAACAUUACCAAUAUUGAUAGAAAUCAAUGGGAGUUUCGGACACCAGAGAAACGGAUUCUAGAAAGUCAUAAAUACAGAAAUAAUCCUGUUCCUGUUAUAGAAGAAGUGCUUCCAAAGGAGGUCUGUAUGGAACCUCGACCUGUAGAAGACAUUAGUUGGCCUGUGGUUUCACCUGUAAGAGUCUCAUCUUUAUCAUCUAGACUUCAAAUCCCAGUUGAUCCAGAUAUUCUGGAUGAAAGCUGUAUGUUUGAGGUUCCCACAAAUGCAACUUCAGGCAAAGAUGAGGAAUGCAAUUUACAAAAGAAUAAGUCGGUUGUUUCCUCUAUCCUCCUUGAAGAUCUAGCAGUUUCUUUAACUAUUCCAUCACCUUUGAAAUCGGAUGCUCACCUUAGCUUUCUGAAACCUGAAAAUGUAUCCAACUCUACUCCUGAAGGAGUUCUUAGUGCACAUUAUAGUGAAGAUGCUCUUCUUGAGGAGGAAGAUGCCACUGAACAAGACAUUCAUUUGGCUUUAGAAUCUGAUAACUCAAGUAGUAGAUCAAGUUGUUCUUCUUCAUGGACAGGUCGGCCUGCUGCUCCCGGCUUUCACUGUCACCCCAGCCUGCCAAUGCAAGCAGUAAUAAUGGAGAAAUCCAAUGAUCAUUUCAUUGUUAAGAUAAGGCGUGCAGUGCCGUCUACAUCGCAAAUCCUUGAACAGACUACUCAAACAGAGGAGUCUCCGGCAACCUUAACAAAGAAUGGAAAGGAACUAAUUGAAUCUGCCAAAAUGAAAAUAGAUCAGAGUAUCGUACGUUCAACUGUCAAGGAAACAAUAGCACCUAGGAUACGUCUGAAUAACACCGAUGAGCUUCAUAAUGUCAACAUUGGACAAGAACAGAGUCCUGCUUUGCUUGAGCCUUUUAAGAAGCCAUGUAAUGCUAUUGGAAAAGAAGAAAUUCCUGACUUACUUAAAUCCGUUAGUGAGCCAUCAAACAAAAAUAGCUGUAGAAAUGAAAAUGUAAGGGAAGACAGUAAGCUGCCUCAGCUUGAUGAACUGAAAGUGCUUGAAAGCACAAGUGAAAUAACUAUUAGAUCAGAAGUUGCUCUUCCCUUGGAAGGUGGUGUUGAUACACACAUGUGCUUGACAGAAGAUACUGGCAAUGAAAAUGAAUCAGAUUCAUGUAAUCUUUCUUUGGAAUCCACUUUAAAUCAUAAAAAUCCAGAAACUCAUGCAAGAAGCUCAAGUCUAGGUGAUAAAGAACAUUCGGAGUGCAAUAUUAAUACAUGCAUAGAUUUAACAGAAGACCUUUCCAGUGAGACCAUAGCAAACAAGUGCAAUCCUGAAACAAAAUCCACUUCAAAGGUCAAUGAGCUGGGAUAUCACACAAGCCUUAAUGAUAAAGCUAGCAAAAAAAGGAAGAGGGAGUCUUUAGCAGACAGUUCCAACUCAAAGAAACAAAGAAAAGAAACCGAAUCUUCCAGUGAAGGAAAUGAUAAAAAUAGUAUGAUCUCUGGAGAGAGAGGUUUACCUCUCAAGACACCUACUAGUACAAAGAAUGAAUUGCCACAGAACAAAGAUCCUACGGUUUCCAAUUCAGCUUCUUCCACAUCAUCGCUUGGUCUAUAUGCCAAAAACAUCAUUAAAAAGAAGGGAGAAGUUGUGGUUUCUUGGACAAGAAAUGAUGACCGAGAAAUUCUACUGGAGUGUCAGAAAAAAGGACCAUCAGGAAAAACAUUUGCUUCCAUAGCUGCUAGGUUGAACAAAAGCCCAAAUCAGGUUUCUGAAAGAUUCAAGCAGUUAAUGAAGCUGUUCAAAAAGUCAACAUACAAGUAAUUAAUAAGGAAGCUGCUCUUGUCGUACAGGGUUUAGCUGUCAUCAGCAAUGAUGAACUGCACAAGUACACACACAUUGUGGUACCACUGGAGGUAUCCAAGUCAGAAUACAGAGUUCAUUAAACUGUUAACUGUUUGUGUAAACUAUCUUUUUUACAUACUGUUGAAAUGUUUUAUUAUAUCUCAAUAAGCAAUAGUUUCCAUUCUUUUAGUUUCUCAAUAGAUGGGGGGGAACUAAAACAAACUAAGCUGGUUGAAGAAAAAAAUACAUGUACAAAUGUAGCAGCGUCAGUUUAAGAUGAUGGAGAUUCCUGUCAUUGAAACUUGUUACAUAACCACGAAAACUUGUGCGGUCAAAUGAAAGUAAUGAUACUGGUUUACACCUGGUAAAAUUUUCUGUAUGACAGCAUGGAACAUGGUUUUUAAAAACCUGAAGGACUGCUUGGAGCCUACUUUUCAAGAAAUCUGCCCUCAACUAGCAAAUGACAAAUGUGCCAAGUUACAUCUGUUAGAAGCAUCAAAAUACUGUCAAAUGUUUGUUAGGACAUUGUGCUUUUCCCUUUUAAAAUAAUGCAGUUUUAUCAUAGCAAUAUUGCUAAAUAUAGUUGCUCAAAUACCUGGAUUUCACAUUAAGAGACAUACUUUCUAAUUAACUUCUGAAAAAUGCUCAUUAACAUAGUCCCUUCCUCAGACUUUUUGGAUCAAAUUGAAUGUGCAUUACUUAAUGACUUAAGUGGUUUAGAAACAGACUUGUACAAUUACCUAUAAAGUGUGAUUUCAUAUUUACUGACUAGGGGGGGAAGCCCAUUCCCCAAACAGCAAUUAAAAAGCAAACACAUUUAAAAUAUUUUGACAGCACUGGGUCCAUUUUUCAAAGUUACUUCUUAGCAUAAAAUGUCUAAUUGUGUGUGUUGUCAUUCUUAAAAUCUCAACAUUUCAGUUUUAUUGGUUUAUGAUAUUUACAGUUUACUUUAGCUUCUAUCUUCCCCCUACACCCCCUCAAAAAUAAUCAGUGAAAACUUAUUAAGCUACCAGUACAUCUUUCUUUUCCUCUGCCACCAAAUCCAUAUGGACAGGAAGUAAUGUACUGGAGGUGAAAGUCUGCUGGACUGUUUAAAUUAUUCCUUGAUAGGCCUUUUUUUUUAUUAAGCCUUCAGGUGUUACCUGUGGAGUCAUGAGUGCUGUAUUGACAGAAAGCAUGUAAUCUAUGUUUUAGAUGACAGUUGUGACAAAGUUAACUAUAAGGAAUUAUUUAAACAUAGGUUGUGAUGUCUCCUUCAGUCUUACUUGCUUCUAAAAUUGUAUCGCUUUUGAUUUAUCAAAUUUUUGUCUUUGAGGCAUGCAAGCAAUACCUAAUGAUGUUUUAAUAGGAGAUGGCCCCUGUUACGCCCUAAAAACUAUUUGUGGCAGUUGUUUAACCUGUUGGAGAUUAAA